CAGGAAUAGGAUCUUCAUGUGCUGUUCUAACCGUAUCAGCAGGCCACCAUGCCUCCGACCGUGGCUGAACACUACGAAGCAGAGCAGAAGAAGGAACGCGAGCGAAUUGUCAAGAAUACUGCGCAGAACUAUGAUACAGCAAAGAAAGAGUACGAUGCAAUUGCGCCGUUUUACCAACAGAGCUUUCAGCAUCACGCCGGUGACAUCUGUCCCUUUAUAAAAUUUGCCGACAUUCAGCCAGGUCAGAAAGUUCUGGAGCUCGGCUGUGGUGCAGGGUGGGUGACCGCGCAGGCCGCCUCUCAAGUCGGACCCGAAGGCUGUGUUGUUGCUAUUGAUGCAAGUGGAGGAUGUCUUCGUCAAGCAUCCAUCACCGCCACCCUCCGGGGAUUGCAGAACAUCCAGUUCCUAAAAGGAGAUAUGCAUGACCUCAAGCAAUUUCCUCGCCUUCAGAGUUUGGAAUUCAAGACAUUUGAUCGGAUCCUUCUACUGUGGGUGAUCGUGGACCACGAGCAUCGCGAAUUCGCCUGUCUUGACGCGCUUCCCUUUGAUGGAACAGAUCCUGAUGAGUUGCACCUGCUAAUUGGCGAUGGAAGAAGCUUCAAGGAGGCACGCAAGUUUGCAAAGAGCAUGGUGAAAGAGGCUGGUUUGGAGGUAGUGGCAAUGGACGAUUGCUAUCGGGACGGCCGUUAUAAGGAUUGUGCUGCGGAGAUCCGUGCAGAAGCCAAUAUAGCAUGGCAGAAGGAUGGGGGUACCGGCAAGGAGUGCUCACGACUCUACCUUGAAUUCUUCAAGCGCAGGGAGGUGACAAAUAUCAUGGAAACCCGGAGGAAAUAG